AUGUCUCCGGGACCCUCAACCAAUCUUAUGUUGACUAUGAAAGUGAACGAUCGAGUCGUCAUGCCACCGGGUGUAGUUCAGCCACGACGCGUGGUCAAGAUCACGAGUGGCGGGCUCAACACAGUAGAGCUUAAGUUCCCCAAGUUCACCCUCAGAAGCGACGAUACAAGUCAGCCGGAGAUCAUCUUGGAUUAUGAAAGAGCGGAAAAGGGCCAGCCGAUAUUCCAGAUCGAACAUGCGGCUUCGUCAGCUGCCAGCAUCAACUUCCAGGUUUUCUAUAGCGAAUCACUUGACGCCGUCUACGAUGAACGUGGAGAUGGUCCAAGCCUUCUCUUCUCAAAUGCGAUGGACACAUACCGUUCUGUGAUUCACGAUGUCGCGCCAACCACCUCAGCACGAACUUUGGCCGCGAGACAUGCGCAAUGCUCUCAGCGCUAUCAGAGAAUUCGUCUCCUGACGCCAAACGCUUCGAUCAGCUUCUCGAUGGUCGGUUUCUGGGACACAACGCAUCAAGAAGUUUCCAAGUCUAUGUUUCGUUGUUCAGAUCACAAGCUCAACAAGAUAUGGAAACAAGGUGUACGGACAAUCAGUAUGUGCACUGUACAGAAGAAUGAGACCGUACCCGCGUGGGACACUACUACGGAUGGCACCAGGAUAUACGGUCAACACUGGGCCCCCUGCCGCCAGGGUACACGGUGGAUGGAUUCAAAUGUGAAAUUCGAAGUCAGAAUUGAACAUCAAGGCGCAAGCUGGGGUGUAUACAUGGUUGCAAAUGGCCUCGUNUUUUGUCUCGAUAAACAGCGACGAACCCUGGUCGCUUCCGAAGGACUUUCUCACGAGGCUUCCGUCUUCCCCGCGGUCGAACGGGGUAGAUGGAUGAUCGACAAUGCUCUUCUUCAAUCUGAGUGGUUGGCCAUCGAGACAGUGACAAGGGCCGAUUGCGCUUCCGUUUCCAUUAACGGUAUCACAGUUGCAUCUGUUUCUGGUCUCAACCUCCAUCCACUUGUUGGAGGAUCAGAGAACAACUCUGGCUCUGUUGCAUUUGGAGGUCCAUGUGGCUGGAUUGGAACUUAUCGAAAUUUGCUUGUCACGGAUGCUCGCCAAUCGGUCCUCUAUUCGAACAGUCUCCUCCGAGUCGACGAGCCGAGAACCUUUGCCGAUUUUGCGGUUGGAACAAAUGAUCUACCAUGCUUGAUCGAUGGUGCAAAACGAGAUCGAGCUGUAUUCGGCGGUGAUCUACACAUCUCUGGUAGGGCAGCUCUUUUCUCAGGCACGAGCCCCUCAGCAAUCCUUGGAAGCAUUGAGUUGCUCUUGUCCCAUCAAACCAGCGAUGGUUACCUUGGCAAUCUUUGCCCAAUCCAGGCACCGAAGCACAUGAGUGACGACGAGCCACCGACAUACGCCUUCUACUCAAUGUCUUAUGCCUUGCUACUUAUAGUCGCUGUGAAAGAUUACUGGUUGUUCACCGGUGAUACGACUAUAUUGUCAAACACCUGGCCAAAAGCCAAGAACAUGAUCCAGUUCGCAGAAAGAUUCGCAGAUCACAGAGGCCUAAUUGCGGCACCCCCACCACUCUCUUGUGAGAUCAACUCCCCUUCGCAGACUUCAUUGUACCAUACUGAUAGGAGCAUAGUGACAUUCUUUCCCUUAGGUGGACCAGUCUUUGGAACCUCUGCCGAGAUCAACUUGGCUUUCUACGACGCUCUGAUGGCCAUGGCACUGAUAGCACCCACAGCACUUGAGAAGCAAAAGUUGAUGCAGAAAGCUUCUGCCCUCAAGCAAGCCAUUGUGCAGCAUUUAUGGAGCGAAGAGACUGGUAUAGUGCGGAUGAGUGACAGUUCCCCAGCAACAGGACUUUGCGCUCAUGUAAAUGCCUAUGGUAUGUCCCUUGGCGUCUCUCCAUCUCAUCAAAAAGACAGGGAAAACCUCGUGCAACCAAGCAGUAAACUUCCGCCAGCUUUCCGGGGUUUGGAAGCUCGCUUUGACUCUUCGGGACUUUGCAGUCCAUACAGUGCCGCAUUCGCUGUCGAAGCUUGUUUCAAACGAGAUGACGGACUCGGGGCUCUCAAUCUUCUAGAUCGCGUCUGGGGUAUGAUGGUUGAUAAGACGAGCCCUGAUUACUCAGGUGGAUUGUGGGAAGCCAUGACAAUGGAUGGUCAACCUCUUCACAAAGAUACCUCUCUAAUGCACGCAUGGUCUGCAAGUCCAGUAUAUCUCAUGCCCAUGUAUCUUGCUGGCGUACGACCUCUAAAGGCCGGAUGGAAAGAAUGGGAAGCCGCGCCUGUUUUCGCAGGCCUUGAAGAAGUUGAAGCUGCGGUUGAGACGCCCGCCGGCUUGCUCCAGAUACAUUGGACGUUCUCAGGGAACGGUCAGACUUGCGGAUUUGUUUCUAUUGACGUACCAAAAGGGACCAAAGGCUACAUCCAGCCCCCAAAAGGGUGGCUCAUCGGCAGCGGCGAUCGGACUUGCGAAUUCACAGGAUCUAGUGUUCUGGUAGAUUCUGGAAAGAUUAGAUUACUCCUGAGACAAGAGAAGUAG